AUGUCUGUCUAUGUCCUGCACGUCGAAGCCAAAUCCGUCAAUCAAGACGAUCCAAGGUCAAGCGAGCAAGUUCAAUCGGCCGAACACUAUCUAAUGCGGUUUGAAGGAUUGGCCAGCGCGCAACUCGAGGGCUUUCAGACCGAGUACCCAAACCCUCAUGACACUUCCGCAUUGCGUGAGCGCAACAUGGAAUUCUCCAUCCCUAAUGAUCUGAAUCUUGACAUUAAGCGCAUGGCUAAGGACGCCCUUGAAAGGCUUGCUGGUCUAUCCGGCGCCGAUGCAACGUUUCCUGGCCAGAGCGAAUUUCCCCCAGGCGUUUAUACACACAUCAAUGUGGCUUACGCUGUGAUUGAUCCCGACACCUUCGAGAUUAGGCCCAGCCUGCUGGCUGACAUUAAUCUCUUCACGAGUCUCACCGAUCUUAAGAGAAGUGAUCCUGAUCUGGAAGUGUAUAUUGCCCUUAGCGGUUCGACGUACAGUUCCCAAGGCCCUACCGAACAUACAUCCUCAGACCUCGCAGCCUCUGAAGCAAACCAGACGGCAUUUAUCAAAUCCCUCACGAAAUUCAUGACUGCCUUUAAUUUCGAUGAAGUCAGUCUUGAUUGGCAAUAUCCAGGGGCAGAGAAAAGGAUCUCAUCGGGGCCGUUCUGGGAACAUGGCUCGGGGAUGUUAUUUGGUGGUCUUGUAGUGCGUUUCGGCCUCGCCAAUCGUGGAGGUGAAUCUUCGUGCUUGUCGCGGUCGGCUCGUCCCGCCAAUUUUGUUUUCUCGCGUCGCUCACGGUACGACCGUUCAAUUCUGAUCGAAGCAGCUUCUUCCCUGAUACAGGUUCUCUGGACCAAUACAGUGCGUCUCGAAACUGGCCCGUAG